UUAAACCCAUUAAGAUUGUUUGUCAAAUCAAAACUUGGGUGUCAAACAUGUACAAUGACCCAUGUAUUUAUUAGGGGUGACACCUUUAUAAAUAAAAUGGACAUGUCUGUCCAUUCCCAGCGAUAGCUAUCUACAUACAUAAUUACAAGUUAAUAUUUUUGAGUUCGUGUUUUUCUAAUUUCUGCAGUGUCAGGAAGGUCAAGUUCGUUGGCUGUCUUUCUCGUAUGUAGGUAUUUAUUUACUGCGGUGACUGAUGUACGUAUACAUACAUUGGGGGCGAUAUCAAUGAUAACAAAGCGGGAUUUUAAUUUCAAUUUUGUAGAUAUUACGUGGGCGUCGGAUUCCAGAAAUUAGUUUAACGAUCUACAUUUUGACAUUCUAUGAAGAUCUCGUGGUAAUGAGGACGAAGUCAAAGUCAGUUCCAAGGCUCAUAACACUUUUGAGAUGUAUUUACGUACAUUUGGUUUCACCUCUUCCUUACACCCCGUUUAAAGAUGUAUAUUGACGACAUACAUGGGAAAAUAUGAACAUUUGCUGCAACUUCUUACGUAUUUUAAUUUAUCUACUUAAAGUAAGAAUUGCAUAAAAGCCCACGAACUUAAACAAGUUUUCUUGACUUAAAUCAAUAUUAGCUUCCUGAACUGUUCAGCAUCGGAUUUCAUGAGUAUCUUCUCUUUCGGUAUAGAUUGGACAGCAUCAGAGUGACACCAACCAUUCCACAUUUUUUAUCAGCACUCACAAAAUAAUACAUUAUAGAAAACUAAAGAAUGACACUUUCCUGCCCACUCCCACCCGGAGGAUGCACCACCCACUUCAACUCCAUUCCAAACUUUUGCUGCGCCAAGCGAGCUUUUGACGAACGUGGGGUGCGAAAUCUGAUUGAUGAAUUUAAGCGAAUCUUCCUCGACCACAACAGGGAAGACGAGUACGGGUUGAUCAUGAACCAUCGCCACUUUCUCCUCCAAGAGAACGAAAUCCUCGUGGAAACUUUGAAACAGGAUGGAAACAUUAGCAUCGCGUUUCCUUGGCAGGUCAAAGAUGGCAAAGCACACCCAACCCCAAAUUCGGAGUGGAAUGAACAUAACUUGACAAGAAAAGAGUUUAUCGUCCCACAAACUUGGAAAUUCGACCAAGACGGGAGCCUAAUCCCGUAUGAAUUUUUAGCCACGGAUUCCCCCCAGCCCGAGCCAAGUCAGCCUUUCGUGACCGACCUAUUUGAAGCCAUGCGACUUUACGGCAUCCAGGACGUGUUGGGACUUAGACGCCUUGAUGGAGACCGAAACGGUGAGGCGUUUGAAGUAACGCCAGAAGGAGGUCGGGUCAGCAUUACCACGAUGGGAUGUAGACCUACCUGGGCAUCCGAUACAGUUUUGUAUGACAAGGUUUUGUGGUAUUUCACAAAAAAUGGCGACACUCGGGAGGCAAACGGUUGCACGAGGUGUGGAACCUGUGGGAUUUGUUGCAUUAUUAUGUCGUCUUAAGUAUUUAUUAAAAUAAUUUUGAACUAAACUUAUAUUGUUUUUUUAUUAUUUAAUGCAAAUUUGAUCCGUUAUUCCCAGGUGUGCAAAAUCUUCCAGUUAAUAAAGAAAUAUUUCUGUGAUUA